UUAAAUGCAGCAACUGGGACUGGAACCUACAUCAACCUGUGACGCAGAAGCUCUGAGGUCAAGCUGUUCCUGCACAGUUUGUGCAGCUGAAGAUUCGUCAUUGGUGAACGUCAGAUCUUCUCAGCAUCUUAGAGGCUAUGUGUUGACUCACCUGACUUAAACUCUAACAGGUGGACAACUUUACUUUGUUGCAUUAAUCGACUGAAUUUGUUGAACCGACGUUAUCGUCUCAACAACCUCCAGCGUUUGUCUUUAGGACAUCUCACCAACAGCUGCCCAAUCGCUGCCCUAACUAGAGAAGAUGACAUUCGCCAUGCUGCGCACGGCACCACCAGCAGGCCGCUUCUUAUACGGCGACAUCGCCCUGCUCUCCGAAGACGACGAGGAAAACGGGAGCGAAGGUUCGGGCUCAGAGGAUCGGACCACCACCUCCUCCAACUCACACUCCGCCGCCUUCCGCCUGUCCUCCUCAUCUCCAUCUGCUUUCCACAUCAAGGUGAACCGGAAGAGGAAGCUGUGCGGGGGAGGUGUGGGUGGGGGGGUCGGGGGCAUCGCAGCCAGGCUCGGCCCCCCGGUGUCAUCUCCGCCUGGGGAAAUACGCCAGAGGUCCGCCGCCAAUGCACGGGAGAGAGAUCGCACCAACUCUGUCAACACAGCGUUCACGGCGCUGCGCACGCUCAUCCCCACCGAACCUGCAGACAGGAAGCUGUCAAAGAUUGAGACUCUGCGUUUGGCGAGCAGCUACAUCAGCCACCUGGGGAACGUGUUGCUCCUGGGAGAGGGACUUCAUGACGGACAGCCCUGCCACGCCCCCUCGCCACCUUUCUUCCACGUGAACUCCUCCCCGAACCGAGGCUCGGACCAAUCAGCUCAGCCCAAGCACAUCUGUACAUUCUGCCUCAGCAACCAGCGGAAAAUGAACAAAGACAGAGACAGGAAGACCGCCAUCAGAAGCUAACAACGAGGACUCCGCCACACCCAACGAUUCCUUGUCACUUUUCCAGUGCCUUCAGUGGUUUUUCAGAUGCUGUAUCAAAGACUUUUUGCCUUUCACGGACUUUUGAAGGACUUCAACAGCACUUCCGAGACUUCAUCCAAGAACUUUAUGAUGUUUUUUUUGUAAACGUUUUGUACUUCUUGACAUGAACGUGCUUCUAUUUAAUUGCUUUUGAAACAGUACUUUCAAUAGGCUUUGAUGUGCUUAUAAACAUAAUGAAGGACGUUUUAACGAUACGCGUAAGAACGUUUUACUGUAUCACUCAGAGACUCUGUGACUUUUAGUUCAGCCUGUCAGUCUAAAGUGGCACAUGAUCAGAAAACACACACAAAAAGACAAAUCUGUAUACAUCAAAGGCUGUGUGUUAACUAAUGUGCAAACUGAAAUACAAAUGUAUAUUUAUGUGGCAUAACAUUAUAUAAUGAAACUAUGUUAUUUAACUGGCAUAUCACAUUUUUGACCAUUACUGAAGGUUAAUUACCUGUUCAACAUUGGCAUUUAAAUACCUUUAAAAAAAAAAAACCCUACGGAUGAAAAAAAAAAAAAAAAAACCAUGCUGGAACUUAUGUGGUUAUAAUGUUUCUAAUAUUCAUUUUUUAAAGUGUCUUAAUGCUGGAAGAAACUCAAGGUUACCAAUAAAUUGUUUGUAGAUCUGGUAAU